UACGCUAAGGGACGCACGGAGGGGAGAACCGGAAGCGCGUCUGGUUAGCGGUGGGGGCGGCGGCGUGUUGCCAUGGCGGACCCUGUGGAGGAGCUUGCCAAACUCGAGUACCUCUCGCUCGUCUCCAAAGUCUGCACAGAGCUCGACAACCACCUGGGCAUCAACGACAAAGACCUAGCUGAAUUUGUCAUAAACCUUGCAGAGAAAACCACAACCUUUGAUUCAUUCAAGACAGCCUUGGUGAAAAAUGGCGCUGAGUUUACAGAUUCUCUCAUCAGCAACCUUCUGCGUCUUAUCCAGACAAUGCGACCUCCUGCAAAACCUUCUACUAGCAAAGAUGCCGUUAAACCAAAAACAGAAAAAGACAAGUUAAGAGAUCUGUUUCCAGCCCUAUGUAGACCAGACAAUCCCAUUGUCAGGACAAUGCUGGAUGAAGAUGAUGUGAAAGUGGCUGCUGAUGCCCUGAAAGAACUGGAAGCCUUGAUGCCAACAGCAGGCAAGCAAGAGAAGCACCGGGGCAGUGAGGAACGAUCCAAGAAAAAACACAGGAGUCGCAGUCGUAGUAGAGAUCGGGAUCGGAAGCGGAAGCGGAAGUCCUCCUCUCGCUCCCGUACAAGAGAUCGACAUAAGGGUAAAUCUAGAUACCGCUCCAGAAGCAGAAGCCCCAGUUGGGAUCGCAAGGAGCGAGAAAAGCCUGCAGAGAAAGUCAAUGAGCGAUGGAGGGAUAAGCAUGUGGACCGGCCCCCACCAGAAGAACCUUCCAUUGGGGACAUCUACAACGGCAAAGUCACCAGCAUCAUGCAGUUUGGCUGCUUUGUCCAGCUUGAAGGACUCAGGAAGCGCUGGGAAGGAUUAGUCCAUAUUUCAGAGCUACGCCGUGAGGGACGUGUUGCUAAUGUGGCUGAUGUGGUGAGCAAAGGCCAGAGGGUCAAGGUCAAAGUGUUGUCCUUCACAGGCUCUAAAACCAGCCUCAGUAUGAAGGACGUAGAUCAAGACACAGGUGAAGAUUUGAACCCAAACAGACGCCGGAACCUUGUGGGAGAGUCAGAGGAGACAGCCAUGCGAAAUCCAGAUCGGCCCACUCACCUGUCUUUGGUCAGUGCUCCGGAAGUGGAAGAUGACACACUGGAGCGAAAACGUCUCACUCGCAUUUCAGACCCAGAGAAAUGGGAGAUCAAGCAGAUGAUCGCUGCCAAUGUGCUUUCCAAGGAGGAAUUCCCUGACUUUGAUGAAGAAACAGGAAUUCUCCCAAAGGUUGAUGACGAGGAAGAUGAAGAUCUGGAAAUUGAAUUAGUAGAAGAGGAGCCACCAUUCCUGAGAGGGCAUACGAAGCAGAGCAUGGACAUGAGCCCCAUCAAGAUUGUGAAGAAUCCUGAUGGCUCCCUGUCUCAAGCAGCUAUGAUGCAAAGUGCACUCGCUAAAGAGAGGCGAGAAUUGAAGCAAGCUCAGCGGGAAGCAGAGAUGGAUUCCAUCCCCAUGGGACUCAAUAAACACUGGGUGGAUCCCCUUCCAGAUGUGGAUGGAAGGCAAAUUGCUGCUAACAUGCGGGGUAUCGGCAUGAUGCCCAAUGACAUCCCGGAGUGGAAGAAACAUGCUUUUGGGGGCAAUAAAGCUUCUUAUGGCAAAAAAACCCAGCUGUCAAUUAUUGAGCAGCGGGAAAGUCUCCCUAUUUUCCGUCUGAAGGAUCAGCUUAUUCAGGCCGUUCAUGACAACCAAAUUCUGAUAGUCAUUGGAGAGACUGGUUCUGGGAAAACUACGCAGAUCACUCAGUACCUUGCUGAAGCUGGCUAUACCUCCCGUGGAAAGAUAGGAUGCACUCAGCCUCGCCGAGUGGCUGCCAUGUCUGUUGCCAAGAGGGUGUCAGAGGAGUUUGGUUGCUGUUUGGGUCAGGAGGUUGGCUACACCAUUCGAUUUGAGGACUGCACCAGCCCUGAGACUGUGAUCAAGUACAUGACAGAUGGUAUGCUGCUGCGAGAGUGCCUCAUUGAUCCUGAUCUGACACAAUAUGCAAUCAUCAUGCUGGAUGAAGCCCAUGAGCGCACUAUACACACGGAUGUGCUCUUUGGUCUCCUGAAAAAGACAGUUCAGAAGAGACAAGACAUGAAACUGAUUGUGACAUCCGCCACCUUGGAUGCAGUCAAGUUCUCUCAAUACUUCUACGAGGCCCCCAUCUUCACCAUCCCAGGCAGGACGUAUCCAGUUGAGAUUCUUUAUACUAAGGAGCCAGAGACCGAUUACCUGGAUGCCAGCCUCAUCACAGUCAUGCAGAUCCACUUAACAGAGCCGCCAGGAGACAUCUUGGUGUUUUUAACUGGCCAGGAGGAGAUUGACACUGCCUGUGAAAUUCUCUAUGAGAGGAUGAAGUCCCUGGGUCCGGAUGUGCCUGAACUGAUCAUCUUACCUGUCUAUUCAGCCCUACCGAGCGAGAUGCAAACACGGAUUUUUGAUCCUGCUCCUCCAGGCAGCCGAAAGGUAGUCAUUGCCACAAACAUUGCUGAAACGUCGCUUACGAUUGAUGGCAUCUAUUAUGUGGUAGAUCCUGGCUUUGUGAAGCAAAAAGUAUACAACUCCAAGACAGGGAUUGAUCAACUCGUUGUGACACCAAUUUCCCAGGCCCAAGCAAAGCAGCGAGCUGGACGGGCUGGGAGAACAGGCCCUGGCAAAUGCUACCGCCUGUACACAGAGCGUGCUUACCGUGAUGAGAUGUUGACCACCAACGUCCCUGAGAUUCAGAGGACCAACCUGGCCAGUACUGUGCUCUCGCUCAAGGCUAUGGGAAUCAAUGACCUGCUCUCUUUUGAUUUCAUGGAUGCCCCCCCAAUGGAAACACUCAUCACCGCAAUGGAGCAGCUCUACACCUUGGGAGCCCUGGAUGAUGAGGGGCUACUCACUCGACUCGGACGCCGAAUGGCAGAAUUUCCCCUGGAGCCCAUGCUGUGCAAGAUGCUCAUCAUGUCAGUUCACCUGGGUUGCAGUGAAGAGAUGCUCACCAUUGUCUCAAUGUUGUCUGUACAGAAUGUAUUUUACCGGCCAAAGGACAAGCAAGCUCUUGCAGACCAGAAGAAAGCCAAGUUCCACCAGACUGAAGGUGACCACCUCACACUUCUGGCUGUUUAUAACUCCUGGAAGAACAACAAGUUCUCAAAUCCUUGGUGCUAUGAAAACUUCAUCCAAGCCCGCUCACUACGUCGGGCCCAGGAUAUUCGUAAACAGAUGCUGGGGAUCAUGGAUAGGCACAAGCUGGAUGUUGUGUCAUGCGGAAAAGCAACAGUGCGAGUCCAAAAAGCCAUUUGCAGUGGUUUCUUUCGCAAUGCGGCCAAGAAAGAUCCCCAGGAGGGUUACCGGACCUUGAUUGACCAGCAGGUGGUCUACAUCCACCCCUCAAGCGCCCUCUUCAAUCGGCAGCCUGAAUGGGUGGUAUACCAUGAAUUAGUGCUCACAACCAAGGAGUAUAUGAGGGAGGUCACCACCAUAGAUCCUCGCUGGCUGGUGGAGUUUGCCCCAGCCUUCUUCAAGGUCUCUGACCCCACAAAACUGAGCAAGCAGAAGAAGCAGCAGCGUCUGGAACCACUGUACAACCGUUACGAGGAACCCAAUGCCUGGAGGAUAUCGCGGGCCUUCAGGCGCCGAUGAGACCUCUACUCCCUGCAGGGACAUGGACAUUCCUACAUCACACGAUGCAGCUUUGAACUUACUUGGCCAUCAUAUGUUACUUGGAUGCCCCAGUCCCAUCCUUUCUUCCUGUAGGAAAUAUAUACAGUUCUCAGAGGCCCAGCUAUCAUUAUGCCUGACUGUAACAAUGCCCUUGAUCUUGGACCAAACCUUUCCUCCUGCAUUGUCUAAAGCUCAAAAGGCAUUGUGUAAUUCUGGUCCUGGAUCAUGACUAAAAGGCCUUGUGGAAAUUUGAAAUGUGCUCAGAAGGAACAUCGUACCCCACUUCUUAUGAUCUCCUCCUUUGGAGCAGUUGUAUUUUACUUCAAAACAACCUACUGGCCUCAUAGAACAAUGGCUGGACUUUAGGAGGAAGCCGGAAGAAUGCUCCGAACCCAUUAUAGGGUGGUCAUGCUUCAGUGUGAUCUGUCAGGUAUAUUGCAGUGCUAUUGUCCACCUCUUCCCUGAGCAGAACAGUUCACAGAGGCUUUUGGUGUAAUAUAUAUUAACUUUUCACAGAACAUUCACUUACUUAAGAACGGCUAACAUGUCUGUGUUUCAUCAAAAAAAGCUUCCCAGGCAGUUUUUUAAAAAUAAUAAUAAAAAGAAAACUGGAAA